AUGUGCCCGGCCGCGGAGGCUGCCCGGCCUCCUGCUGCUGCCUCCUCCUUCUCCGCCGCGGCGGCCGCGGCUUCUCGCCGGCCGGCGGCGGCUCGGCCCGCCCGCGGACGGUUGAGGGCGGCGGUUGGCUGCGGGCGGCGGGCGCUCAGCUCAAGGACCCGGCGUCGGCGGCAGCCAUGUCCCAGCGCCGACGUCCGGCGGCGCGGGGCGGGGCGGCCGGGCCGCCGCUCCCAUUGGGCCCCUCGGGCUCCCGGCGCCGGCCAGGUGAGGGGCGGGCCCGCGCCGCAGCGGACUGCCGGUCCCGGCCUGCCCCGCGGCCCGUCGCCCGUCCCGGCGUGCUCCGCGCGGCCGCCCUGCGGCGCGCUGCUUCCGGGGUCGCGCCGCGCCGCGCCGCGCGUGCGGGCCUCGCGGGCUGGGAGCCGGCGGGGCAUGCGUGCUGGGCCUUCCCGCGCCCGCGCCGCGGCUGUGGGAUCUAGGCUGCCGCACCGACGCGCAGCAGAGGCCUCCGGGACCUUUGCAGCAGAGUCCUGCGGGGGCCUGAGGGACGCCAGCGGCCGGGUUCGUCUGGCCCGGGGCCGCCGCCCGCAGCCCCGAGGGCCCCCGGUCCAGGGCGGCGCCCGCUGGGGCUGGGCCGAGCGCGCAGCUUCCAGCCGCAUCACUGCCCUGUUGGACUCCAUCUCCCUGUGCCAUGGGAGGAGGCUGCCCACAGGCAUCGCUUGCCUCCCUCCAAGAGAGCCAGAGCGGCAAAAACCAAACAGCCUUGACGCGGGGCGGAGAGCCGACAUGACCGUCGCUCCGCCGCGCCUGGCUCGCACCGUCCCCACCCUGCGCUUUCUGGAGGGCGGGCGGCCCCACAGGUUCCGGGAGGGCAGGCCCCGGCCAGCGCCCCCGACCCCAGGCCAGCGGUCCCCGCCCGCGUCCCCGGCCCCCGCUCGCAGCCGCCCCGCCCCGCGCGGAUUUGAAAAGCCCGGCCGCAGCCCCGCGAGCGCGGCAGCCAAUCAGCGGCGCUCACUUUCCCGCGGCUUCUGCGAGGCGGCGGCGGCCCGGCGGCGGCGGCGGCGGGCGGGAGGCGCGGGGGCGGGGUCGGCGCCGCGCGCGGAGAGCCUCGGCCUGGCCGCGCUGCGCCCGCCGCCGCCGCCGCCGCCGCCGCCGCCGCCGCCGCCCCCUCCCCUCCCUCGGCCCUCCCUCCCUCCCUCCCCCGCGGCCCCGGCCCCGGCCCCCUCCCCGGCCGCCGCCGCCGGAGCCGCCGCGCCGGAGAGCCGCCGCCGCCGCCGCCGUCGCCAGAGGAUGCGCCGCACAACAGGUCACUGGCGCCGCCGGCCCAACCGCCGCGGGUUGGAGGGGCGGAGGGGCGGAGGGGCCGGGGCCGGGCCGGGCGGGCUAACGGGGCCGGGCGGCGGGCGGGCGCGGCCAUGUUGGGCCCGGGGCCGGCGGCUGCACCUGUGCCGGCCUCCGGGCCGGCGGCCUUUGUUCGCGGCGGCGCCGAGCGGGCCGGGGCCGGGGCCGGGGCCGGGCCGGGCCGGGCCGGGCCGGGUGGCGGUGGGAGGGGCGGCCGGGGCCGGGGGCGCUUUUUGUCUGCGGAGGGUCCGCGCUGACACCCGGACGCCGGCCGUUGGUCAGCGCGGGCGCCCGAGCCGCCUGGCCUUGGCAGGUGGAGGCGCGGGGACCCCGCCCGGGGCUGCGGGCCCUCGGCGCCCGCGCUGGGCGCAGACAGCGGCCCGAGGCCCCCGGGCGCGCAGCGGUGCGUCCCCGGGCCGAGCGGCCGGCUCUGCCCGACUCGUGAGAAGGGCGGUUUAA